AUGACAAUCACUUUACGCCAGCGCUAUAUGCUACUUAGUGUAUUCGUAGCCUCGACUAUACUUCUUACUGGUUUCUAUCUACUAGAUAGUAUAAGACCACUCACAUCUCUUGCUCCUCCAUCCGAACCAAUCGAGACUGGACCAAAGCAUCCAAAAUAUAAAACCUUGAAGCCUCCGAAAAGUUAUCCUGUAGUUGAUAAUUUCCCUCUUGCUCUGAACGCACAUUCAGCUUCAGAACUUCCACCAAUUCCCAAGUGGAAUCAACCUCCUAAUCCGCAUGUCCCCGAAAAAACUCCUCUGCUCAUUGGGUUUACGAGGAAUUGGCGUCUUCUUCAGCAGGUUGUUGUUUCUUAUAUCACUGCAGGAUGGCCUCCUUCGGAUAUAUACGUCGUCGAGAAUACAGGUGUUAUGAAUUCAAAUAAAGAUGGACAACUAUCACUUCAAAAUCCUUUCUUUCUCAAUCAUACUCGAUUGCAUAUGCUUGGUGUGAAUGUCCUCAUAGCACCUACUCUACUCACCUUCUCCCAAGUACAAAACUAUUUCUUAUGGACAGCUAUUGAGAACAAAUGGCCAACUUAUUUCUGGAGUCACAUGGAUCUCGCCAUUCUGUCAUUCGAGGAUCGAUGGAUAGAUGCUCAUCCAGAUAAUGUCAAUCCCUCACCCAAAGAGUUUCAAUCCCUCUACGAUCAUUGUGUCUCCGCUCUCCGCAAUGUAACGACUCCAAACCCCGAAACAGGAGUCGUAAAACCAUGGGCCCUCGAAUUCUUCUCCUACGAUCGUCUCGCUCUCGUUAACACGGAAUCCUAUCAAAAAGUCGGAGGUUGGGAUACCUUGAUACCUUUCUACGGUACCGAUUGCGACAUGCAUGAAAGACUCGCCAUGGAAGGAUUCGAAAUGAGAGACUGGCCUGCGGGUGCUAUCUGGGAUGUAGCGAGUAGUCUGGAUGAUCUCGAAGUUUUGUACCGAAAGAAAGAGGGUCCAGAUCCUUCUUUCAUUGAUCCGAAUGCCGUCGAAGAAGAACUCGCUAGAGCAGAUUCGAACUCAACAACCGAUGCAUCUCUUCCAUCUGAGAAGCACCCCCGCGAUCUCAGCUCGAGAAAUCUUUUCUCGGAUAAAAAUCACAGAGAAUGGACCGAUGAGCCCGUAGCCCAGGAAUCAUGGCGCAAACUUCUAGACGUAUUGGGUCACAUGGGAAAUUCCAAGGUCGCGAAUAAAAACGGACGAAAUACGUGGCAGGGAAGACAGGUGGGCGGACAAAAUGAUCCUUACUAUAGGGAUUCCGAGGGCUUUGAGAUAGGCAUUCAGAUGUCGAUUGAACAUGGGAGGAGAGUGUUUGCGGAGAAAUGGGGACAUAGGGAUUGUGAUUUGAGGGCGCAGGGAUUGGUGCCUGGCGAUGCGUGGAGGGUGGAACGGGAUUGGUAG